AUGGGAAAUUCAAGUAAUAAGUAUUCAGUAGCCAACAAAGAGGCGUACUUGGCCUCACACAAACGGAAGGUCAAGGUCUCCAGGAAAGAAGUCCCUAAGACCGCCACUGACCUGAAAGAGAACAUCAAAGCGUGCAUCCGGGACAAGAAGAUACCGGUCGUACAAGCAGACGACAGGGAAGAUGGCUGGCAGGAGUUCCAGGAACUUCUCGACUUCGAGGUUUUUCUCUUGGACUGUAAACUUCUGAAUGAUGAUAUGAAAAAGAAACAGAAACAACAAGAAAAUGUUAAAUCGGCUGUAACAGAAAAGAAAAGCCGUAACGAAGUUGAUGUAAUGGUGGGAGUUACCGCUGGAGAGUUAAGGGAUUUUCAAGUGAAAAAUAAGCUUCAACUCCCAACCAAUGUCAUACUUGACACGAUGUCGAUGGUCGGCGUAAUUAGCGCGGGUUGUCACGGAGUGGGGCGGAACGCUAUGUCCGUCAGUGAUUACGUCAUCAAAAUGCGUGUGUUUGACGCCAGUGGCGAGCUUAGGACCUACACGCCAGAUAGCCAGGCAAUGUUUAGGGCGGUGAUCGCCAGCUUUGGCUGUUUUGGUGUGGUAUACGACAUCACUCUUAAGAUGGAGCCUGAAAUUGUGGUCAAGACAGAAACCCUAUACUAUAACUUGGGAGAAGUAUUUUGCUAUGCGGACAAACUGAAAUCUCUUGUGGAGAACAACUGGUCCACCCACAUAUUUUGGUUUCCGUACAACUCUCUGAGUGUGGGUGAUUACAAUCCAAAGAACGAUGAAUUGUGGGUACGACUGACGAACAAAGCGCCCCCUAGCGUGGACCCCGAGGACUGGGAUUUCUACACCUGGCGCGACACUAAAGAUUAUAUUUCCCAGUCGUCACUGUCGGCCAUUUCUCCUCUGAUGGGGGAGCUGCAGAGUAUGGUGCCAUACUUUAACUGGGUCGCCUUUCAGUCUCUGAAAUACGUGCUGUAUCCGAGUGGAGAGAUACACCAGGAGCAUGCGCACUCUGUUCAUUUCAGGAAACACAUCGACACGACCCCGGUGGAUUCCGUGGAGUUUAUUUUUGACUAUGACGACGACUUUGACCGACUUCUCCAGAUAAUCCACGUGGUUGUCAAGCGGGUGGAUCACUAUGAAGAGAAGGACGAGUAUCCGCUCCUGGCGCUAGAAAUGCGCUUCAUGGCUUACAGCGAUGCGUACUUAGGAAGCGGGGUUCUUGGUAACCCCGCCACAGGGGGAUCAGGUCACGUGAUCUGUAUCGAAAUCAUCAGCUCUCCUGGGUCUAAGGAAUGGGACAGGUUCAGCAAGGAUGUGGGUCAGGAGUGGAUGAGUCUGGGGGGCGUGCCUCACCUGGCCAAGCACUGGGAUCACUUACCGGGGAUCUACGAACAUAUCCAGGAGAAAAUGGCAGGGAGUAUAUCGUCCUUCAAAACUCAAUUAAAGAAGUCGGGCGCGGAUCCUAAAGGCAUGUUCCUGAAUGAAACCUUGAAAAAACUUCUGAAUCUGUAGUCUGUUAUUCCGAUAAUUAAUUUCAUUUUAUACAUGUAUAUUUAAAUAUAUCAAUGUAUAUAUAAUUGAAUUUGUAAAUUGAGCUAUUUUGAGAUUUGCACGUUUUCAUGUAUAUUUUUUAGUUUAUUCGAUUUCUUCUUACUAUCAUGUUAUUAAAUAGGCAAUAAAAACAACUGAUGAAAA